ACUAGGAAUUAAACUAGUGUCUAUUUUACUAGUGGGUUUCUAUUACUAGAAAGUAGUUAAAACAUGUGUAGUAUUUCUUAAUUUAGUUGUACACGCCAAUAUAAAUUAGUCAUCCGUUUUUAUUCCUUAUUCCGCAUCCCAAUAGUUUCAAGUAACUUGUUACUGGUAACCAAUUGCAAAUUUGUGGUUCAGAUGACUAUUUAUUUUCAGUAUGUAUUCCAAUUGUUGAUGGCACCCAGGUUUACUAACUAGUAUCCUAGUAUUCAUCAGCUCUUUUAAAUACUUAAGAAUACAAGAAUUUGACUAAAUUAAAAUAUAGGCUAUGCAAAUAAUUUGAACAAUGUAACCAGCUUUAGCAGUGCUUCUUUAUUUAAUUUUUUAUUUAACAGUGCAUUCAGACCUCACUGACCCUAAAUUGUAUGCCAAAGCACUAAGUAAAUAUGGCUUAAUGUGUAAAAAGCUUUUGCUCAUCGUGGCCUUGCUCGGGUUGUCUCCUAGUUAAAAACCUUGAGUUAUCUUUUGGCUCCCUCUGCUGGGUAUUUCAAAGGCAUCCUGGAACUUGUAUAGUAGUAGGCUUAUGCUAAAAACAGUAAUGAAAACAUGACAAUCCACCUCUCUUUUACAAUCUAGCCAUGUCAGCCACCACUGACAGCUUCCAACAGAUCUGACUUUUGCCUUAAAGGCUCAAGGUCAGUGUAAACACAUUCUGUUUUGUUGACAGGUGGCCUGCUAUAGGAUCACUACUGGAAUGUAGUUGAUCCAUUUUUAGUCUAGCCAUGUGUACAAAAGUGGAGAUUGGAGCAGUUGGCAUCCCACAGUUGAUGAGGGGUGGUUUAGGUUAACUUUUUAGUUGAGAUAAGAACGACUGUUGGGAAGAUGACAUAUAGCUCUAUAUUUCUUGACCACCUCUCUCACUCAUUUUAGGCCGUUAAAUAUCAUUGAGCAUCUCCUACUCUCUCUUUAGUGCAGAUAGUCAAUAUUGGAGAUUAUGUGUGUGCUUAGUUCCUGUCUGGAUUGAUCCCACACCUGUCUGUGUCAGUCAAGGGAAAAGCUGUGCUGGAAAGCCCUAGACGGGCACCUCAAUAUCAGUAACAGAAAGUCAUACAACAGCAUUACAUGAUGGGAAGCUUUCUUCAUCUGUUGACGGUGUCCUUGUUUUUCUUCUUCCUGCAAGAAUGUUGGGGCCGGAAUGAAGAGGAACGCCUCAUCAACUACCUUUUUAAGGAGCGCCGCUACAACAAAGAGCUUCGUCCGGUCCAAAAUAAAGAUGAUACUGUAGAUAUUUACCUGGCGCUGACACUUUCCAAUCUUAUUUCUUUGAAAGAAGUUGAUGAAACAUUACUAACAAAUGUGUGGAUGGAGCAUGGCUGGACUGAUUAUAGACUUAAGUGGAAUGAAACAGAGUUUGAUAACAUUACUGUCCUGCGUCUGCCACCAAGUAUGGUGUGGUUACCAGAAGUUGUUCUUGAAAACAACAAUGAUGCCCAGUUCCAGGUGGCCUAUUACUGCAACGUGUUGAUCUAUCCCAAUGGAAAUGUGUACUGGUUGCCUCCAGCUAUAUUUCGCAGCUCCUGCUCUAUUAAUGUCAACUACUUCCCUUUUGAUUGGCAGAACUGCUCACUAAAGUUCAGCUCAUUAACUUACAACGCCAAAGAAAUUAGCUUACAUCUGAAAGAGGAGAAGGAUGAGGAUGAAAGGUCCUACAAAGUGGAAUGGAUCAUUAUUGAUCCUGAGGGAUUCACAGAAAAUGGCGAGUGGGAAAUUGUUCACAAGCCUGCCAGGAAAAACACUUAUAAAAACAUCCCAAUGGAAAGCAAUAAGCACCAGGAUAUCACCUUUUACCUCAUCAUUAGACGUAAACCUCUGUUCUACAUUGUGAAUAUAAUCAUUCCCUGCGUGCUCAUCUCUUUCUUGGCCUCACUCGUCUACUACCUGCCUGCAGACAGUGGUGAGAAGAUGACGUUAUCCAUAUCUGUGCUGCUGGCUCAGUCUGUGUUUCUGCUGCUGAUUUCACAGCGUCUGCCUGAGACAUCUAUGGCAGUUCCCUUAAUCGUGAAGUAUCUGAUGUUUAUCAUGGUACUGGUCACUGUAGUGGUAUUGAAUUGUGUAAUUGUGCUCAACCUUCAUUUUCGGACCCCCAGCACCCAUGUCAUGACAGAAUGGACCAAAGAGUUCUUUUUGGAGAAACUGCCUCGUCUUCUGCACAUGUCCCGUCCAGAAGAUGACAAACCCAGUCUGGAGGGGGCGCUGCCACGGCGUUCCAGCUCACUGGGGUACAUCGCCCAGGCCGAGGAGUACUAUAGUGUUAAAUCACGCAGCGAACUGAUGUUUGAGAAGCAGUCUGAGAGGCAUGGCAUGGCUGCUCGCCCCACUCCCAAAGCCACGUACACAUCCAGUAAUGACUCAGAGGUGUCUGAACAACUGUACAACGAGAUGAAACCAGCUGUGGAAGGAGCCAAUUACAUUGUUAAGCACAUGCACGACAAAAAUGACUAUAAUGAGGAAAAGGACAACUGGAGUGGGAUUGCCAGGACAGUGGACCGACUCUGCUUCUAUGUGGUCACUCCAAUUAUGACUUUAGGAACCAUCUGCAUCUUCCUGAUGGGCAUCUACAACCAGCCACCAGUGCUGCCCUUCCAAGGAGACACUUUCACCUAUACAGAAGAAAGCAAGCGCUUUUCGUGAUCUCUCUACGCCACACCACUGUGCCAGAUGAAUAAUGAAUAAUAGCUACAGCACCCUCAGAAAUGUCAUAAAGGAUAUUCUGACUGCAAUGCAAAUCACAAAUAUAAAUUACUCUCCAUUUAGGCUGUUUAUGCAGGCUUGAUUAUUAAUAUUAUUUAUGUGGUUUAAUAAGUGUGCAGAAUGAGCAGUCUUUUGCUGUGAGAAGGGGAAUAAAAUAAUAAUGCUUCCCUUU